GUCGGAUACCUAAGUCAAGCACUAUACCGCUUGGUGUUGUUAAUUUUUGCGAAUGACUCAAGCGGCUCCCUCGUCUCGUAGUAAUUUGUUGAUAACGGGAAUUUUUUAUAAUGGACUUCACUAAAACGCUGUCUACGUUUUUAUUGUGUCGAGUAGGUAAUGAAAUAUGCUCAAGUAGUAUGUGACCACAAACGAAGAAUUCGAGACAUUUUUGUGGAUUACCCUGGCUCGGUUCAUGAUAGCAGAGUUUUGAGAACAUCGCCUCUACAUGCAAACCUGCCUGAUAAAUGUGGACAGUAUUACAUAUUAGGUGACAGUGGUUAUCCUUGCUUGAGAUAUUUAUUGACUCCAUUCAGAGAUAAUGGUCAUUUAACAAGACGACAAAAAAAUUAUAACUACAUACUUUCCUUUAAUCGAUAUAUCAUAGAACACUGUUUUGAUGUCUUAAAACAAAAAUUUCGUAAACUAUAUCACCUCAAAUUUAGGGUUGUGGCCUUCAUGGUUCAUUUCAUAAGAGCUUGUGCUGUUUUACAUAAUUUAUUUCUUUCUGUUUCUUUUACUGUUGAACAAGCUCCAGGGCAUCCAAAUGUCCCUAGACAGCACAUAUUUUCAAAUGAGGAUUUUCAGCCUGAUAGUGAUGAUAGAGAUGGUCAGAGAGUGAGAGAAGAAGUAAUGUAAUGAAUUUCAAUAUAACUUCAGAAAGGUAUCCUGUGAUUUUCUUGUUAUAUUUAUUUGUAAUGAAUAGCAUAUUUAUGUACGAUGAACUUACAAUUCUUUAAUAUCUUCUACCUUUGUUUUUUGUCGAUG